CUCGCGAGAUUCUCGCGCGGCAGGCGCCGGAGGCCAGCAUGGCGGACUCGCAGUUGAUCGUGAAGCGGGGUCCUUUCCGCUCCACGUGGCUGCGUGCCCGCAAGACUCGGACACAGCUCGUUCUCAGCCGCCGGCCCCGCCGCCGGCUCGGGGCCCUGCGCUGGUGCGGCCGGAGGCGCCUGCGGCGGCGGCUGCUGCAGGCCCAGGCAGCCGGCGCGGACUGGCGGGAGAGCGGCUGCCUGGUGUCGCGCGCGGCCACCCGGAGGCCCAAGAGCGCGGCCCCCAGCCGGGCUCCGGCCGCAGCCCCCGCUCCGAGCGGCCCCGCGAGCCUCCCCAUACCGCCGGUGCGGCCGGCCGGCCCGGGCCGCGCGCUGGUGCUGCUGCCGCUCGAGCAGGGUUUUACUUUUAGCGGGAUCUGUCGUGUGACUUGCCUCUAUGGCCAGGUGCAGGUGUUUGGCUUUACCAUCAGCCAAGGCCAGCCUGCCCAAGAGGUCUUCUCUGCCUACACGCACGCGCGCUUGACUAUCAAUGCCGUGCAUUAUUCCAUGCCUGAGAAAAGCAAGAAGGAGAUGAAAAGGGAAGCCCGAGCUUUGCUCAGAUCUCAUCUUAAUCGGGAUGACAGAUGUUGGUUGAUGAAGAAUUUUUCUCCUCUGUGUUCCAUCGUGAUGCUAGAACAACUGAAAACCUCCACUGUGAACUUCUUAGUCAGCCAUCCAGGUUUAUCUUACGUUUUCGUACAAGAGAGUCCAACCUUCCAGAUUAACUCUGAACAUUUAGCCCUGAGGUCUGUUGGCAUUAGAAGAGAGAAGAAAAAAAACGGCCUUCGUUUGACAGAGAGUGCCCUGUCGGCCAUGGAGGAGUUGGUCACUGUGUCCUGUGAAGAAGUAGACGGCUGCCCUAUCAUUCUCGUUUGUGGCUCUCAAGACGUUGGAAAGUCAACAUUUAAUAGAUACCUCAUUAACCAGUUGUUAAACAGUAUUUCCUGCGUUGACUAUUUGGAAUGUGACCUGGGGCAGACAGAAUUCACACCUCCAGGCUGCAUUUCUUUACUCAAUAUUACGGAGCCAGUUCUAGGACCACCUUUCACCCACCAGAGGACACCACAGAAAAUGGUGUAUUAUGGGAAGCCGUCUUGUAAAAACAACUAUGAGAAUUAUAUUGAGAUAAUAAAGUAUGUGUUCAGUUCCUACAAGAGGGAGUCGCCUCUCAUCGUCAACACAAUGGGCUGGGUGUCAGCACAGCUGUGCCACCUUCUCCUGGCAGCGCGUCACUGUCUGAUGAGCGCGCUAGCUGCUUGUGUCCUCCUCACAGACAAGGGGCUUCUGCUUCUCGUCGAUCUCAUCCGGCUGCUGUGUCCCAGCCACGUCGUGCAGUUCAGCUCUGGCCGGAGCAAGUACAUGCCCAACCUGACCCCUGACUACGUGGACGACGUGGACGGCCUGUACACCAAGAGCAAGUCCAGAGUCCGCAACAGAGGCUUCCGGCUGGCGGAGUUCACGGAGAGCUUGGAGUUCGCCGACGAAGAAAAGGAGAGUCCGGUUGUGUUCACUGGACACAAACUGAUGUGUGUCCAGUCGGACUUUGCAUUCAGGAAAACUCCAAGAAACAGAGAGUCUCACAACAAGGUUCUUCGGGAUUUGGCGGUCCUCGGUUACCUUGGCCAGCUGCAGCCGCCCGUGCCAAAACCGCUGUGUCCCUUACAUGGCCUGACGCCCUAUCAGGUCCCUUUCAAUGCGGUUGCGCUCCGGAUUAUUCACGCUGAUGUCGCUCCCACACAUAUACUAUACGCUGUGAAUGCCAGCUGGGUUGGUCUUUGCAAGAUCCUGGAUGAUGUCAGAGGAUACGCACAUGGACCCAUCCUACUCGCCCAGACUCCGAUCUGUGAUUGUUUGGGGUUUGGAAUCUGCAGAGGGAUCGACAUGGAGAAGAGGCUUUACCACAUCCUCACUCCGGUGCCCCCAGAGGAGCUAAGAAAUGUCAACUGUCUGCUGGUCGGGGCCAUUUCCAUUCCCCAGUGUGUAUUCAAGAGCCAGCGCGGGCUGGAAGGGACAAUCCCUUACGUCACCACCGAUUAUAACUGUAAACUUCCUGGAGCAUCCGAGAAGAUUGGAGCGAGAGAAACCAAGGAGACGCGUGAAGACAAAGUACACCCAAAACCCAAACUCUACCGAAAAGUAAACUGACGCUGACGUCGUCAGUAAGGGAAGGUGCUCUUCCCGGGAAAGCAGACCUGUCUCCAGCCUGACGCCAGAGCGACGGCGGCCGGGAACGGCGCGCUUCUGUCGCAGACGGUGUCUCCUGUGCAACUCGUGGAUCCAGAAUCAGUUUAACUCUUUUGAAAGCUGCGUGACCUCGAGUUUUGCCCUAGUGUUCUGUAUGCUGCUUCGUACUUACUGUCUGUUUUAUUUUCUAAAGAGUCAAAGCAGCAGGGAGAAGUUUGUACACCAUUAAAACAGAACAUAGUCGGUUCCUCACAAAGCCCUUCAAAGACCUGGUUGUUGGAAUCUGAAUAAAAAUAGGGAAACAGGGGCCACAAAAAUCUACCAAAGAAGGAAGGCUGGCCAGUGGGUUCUCGAGCGUAACCGGAUGCGGGGGCUCUCCUGGUCCUUGCCCGGCGAUGGCCGACAAGCAGGGGGUCCCGGCGGCAGGGUCUACCGGUGGAUGGUCGCCACUGGGGGGUCGCGCUCCUCCUCUGCUCCUCUGAUGCCGUCCGUACCCUCGGUCAUUCCCGUGGUCCAGUGUUCAAAGGUUUCGUUUCGUCUGUUCAGUGUAAUCAGGGUUUCGUAGAUAAAACGAUUGGACUCGAGUCAUUCAUCUUUUGUUUUUGUCCUCACCUGAUGACUUUAUGCUGAAAAAAUUGCUCUCAAACCCAGGACACCUUUCCUAGGGUCUGCUUAGAACCAGCUCGGUCCUAACUGACAUCUCGUCUUACGCUGAGGACGCGCGUAGGCUGCCCUGGCACCGGGCUGUUUGGAAGAAGGACCAUCAGCAGCGUCUGGAAAGCCCCCUCUUGCCUUUGACGUCUGGACCAGACGGAACUUGCACCUGCGGAGGACCUGGUGCCACUUAGCACUUUCUCUGCGGGGUGGGGGGUUGGGGGGCGGCUUCAGGAGGCUGGGAGUGAUGCUGCUUUCCCGGAUGGCUUUGAGGGAUAUAGGGGAAACCCGUUCUUCAUCUUCUCUCUGGUUGUCACAAUUCUUGACCCUCCAGGGUCAGAGUGAUUUCAGGAAACAAGAACAUUAGGCGGGGUCACGUCAUUUGUCCGUUUAAAUCUGUGAGAGUCAUACCGAGGUAGCGUUUCACACUUGUGGAUUCAGCUUCCUACAGGCCGAAGGCUGGUUACUCGGAUAAGGGUUUUCACAUCGUGUUAGUUUAAACAGUUGGUUAUUGUCCUGAUUCUUGGGGUGACCCCUCGGUGUCUCAGAGACCCAUGCUCCCACAUUCUCCCCGGAGCUCUGCCACCCCCCAGGGUUGGUUUCAACUCCCUAGAGACUGUUUAAGGUCUAACUUCAUUUGUCUUGUUUAUAUUUAAAUUUACCUUGUGCCUGUUUUCUGUCUUGGUCUUGCCAAAAUUUUGACAAUCUGCCACCCUCCUUCCCUAGUUCCUUGAGUCUUCACAGUGACUCUCUAGGAGACACACAGUGACACACUCUAGGCUCAAGCCGCAGGUCUCAGGAGCAACAUAGGUGGUGCCCCUGGCAACCCAGUCCAGGCAGGCUUGCCUUUGGCCUGAUUUCCUGCCGCCCUCGAGGGUUGUGCCUGGGAAGGAAGCAGGCCUUGUCGCUAGAGGGAGCUGCCAGCCACUGGUCUGGUGGCCGAGGGGCGAGCGCAGCCUGGAGCCUGCCCUUCCCGAGACUGGAGGGCUCAGGCUUCCUGGAGACUUGGCCAGCUUGGGGGGCCUGGUCAGACCCGCGGCCGUGCCAUCCACCCUGGAUGUCUGUGCCUGUGAUUGUCGAUGUCCGCAGCUGGGGCUUCUUGUCGCUUCUACCGGCCUUUGGUUCAGAAUAUGGUGGUAAGAUCCACCCUUGAAUUGUUUUUAAAUUAACAAAAACUCAGUUGUGUGUGUGUGAUUUUCAAAGCACAUGCUUAUUUGAAGAAAAAAAUAACGUGACUUAGAACUCGAAAGCCCUGGUUGCUGAUUUUGUGGUUCUCUAAAGGCAGUUCUUUAGAAGGGAUCCCUCACAGGAAAGAUAGAUGGGAAAGUAGGUGACACGAUUCUUGGAUUCUGGGGUUUUAGUUUGUAAACAAAGGUCAGUUCCUUGCUGAAGUGGUGGCCCUUCUAGAGCGUGGCCUGGGAUGGAGAGAGGGCAGGACAGUCGAGCUGGCCUGCAGGGGCCGUGAGUGUUCGUGAAGUCAAUCUGGAGGAGGCCUGCGGGGCAGGGCGGGGCGCGGCCUGGGCUGGGACCCCUGGGACCAGUGGCUGCUUCCCUGCAGCACGGGGGGGAUUUGAGCCCGUGGCGGGAGCACCCACUCAUGCAGGCCCAGGUUCCUGUGCUUGUGCCCAGAGGGUGUUGUGUUUUUGUUUUCAUUGUCUAGUUGGGAGUUUUAUCCCUCAGGUUUGGACAUGGCAAUACGGUGGUCCAGGCAGCAGGCUUUGGUAGUAGAGCUCUGAGUCAGAGCCCUGAGGGCCCGCGGGCCAGCCGUGGGACUUCGUGGGGGAUACUCGACCUCAGCCUGCUGAUGUCUUCAGAAUGCUGGUGGCUGUUCCUUGGGGUGCCUGUGUGGUGGGUGCACGAGGACUGUCUGUACGUGGCGGGGCAGAACUCCAUCUUUGGCUAAAUUGUAAACUCUGAGAAGGCAGGGACCAAGAUUGUGUUCCUUGGUCACAUUGGGACGACGAAGAAACUAAGUGUUGACAUCCACAGCCGUCUCACCCUCCUGCCUGCAGGCAGGGUUCCCUCCGCAGCAUUUUCCAGCCCGGUGAGCCGUCGUUGGGGUGCCCCAGCGGGCCGGUUCCGGUCUUCCGUUAGCCCCGAGCCCCGUUCCCUGUUCCUGGCAGUUCUUCAGAAACCCCCACGUAGCUGCUUUUAAAGUUGGACGAACCGUUUGCACGUGUAGAAAACGACUUUCAGUCACCGCCGUGUAGGUAACCCGGGUCCCUGCCAUGAUGCUGUGUUGUCUGGUGUUUUUCUAAAUUGUGUGUGUGUCUUAUAAAAUUGGUGUCCUGCCGUAUGUGUGGUUUUUUAAUCCAGCUCUUUUCACUUAACUGUGAACUUCUGUAUCAUUAAAUAUUUUUGAGAACAUGCA